CGCGAGCCCCGCCGCGGCCCCGCCCCUGCGCGCGCGCGGCCGGCGAUGGGCGCCGCGGGCCCCGCGUGCGCGGCGCGCGAGCCGCGGGAGCCGCCGGCGCGCUCCGUGCUGCGGCACGUGCGGCUGGAGAACCUGGCGGCGGGGAUGAGCGGCGGCGUGCUGUCCACCCUGGCGCUGCACCCGCUGGACCUCGUCAAGAUCCGCUUCGCAGUAAGCGAUGGAUUGGAGCUGAGGCCAAAGUACAAUGGGAUUCUCCACUGUAUGACCACGGUGUGGAAGCAUGAAGGACUACGAGGCCUGUACCAAGGGGUAACUCCAAACAUGGUGGGAGCAGGGGCUUCCUGGGGACUUUACUUUUUCUUUUACAAUGCCAUCAAAGCUUACAAGAAGGAGGGGAAGAUGGAAAGUCUCAGUGCAAGCGAACACCUGGUGUCAGCUGCAGAAGCAGGAGCCAUGACCCUCUGCAUUACAAACCCAAUAUGGGUAACCAAGACUCGACUUAUGCUGCAGUAUAACGCUGGCGUGGAUCCCUCCAAGCGGCAGUACACAGGAAUGAUUGAUGCUCUUGUAAAGAUAUACAAGACAGAGGGCAUACGUGGCUUGUAUAAGGGAUUUGUGCCUGGUCUGUUUGGAACAUCGCAUGGAGCACUUCAGUUCAUGGCCUACGAGGAUUUGAAAGAGAGAUACAACAAGUAUAGAAACAGAGUAUCAGAUACAAAAUUGAACACUGUGGAAUACAUAAUGAUGGCAGCUGUAUCCAAAAUAUUUGCUGUGUCAGCAACCUAUCCCUAUCAAGUUGUGCGAGCUCGUCUCCAAGACCAGCAUAACACAUACUCUGGGGUUUUUGAUGUGAUCCGCAGGACAUGGAGGAAAGAAGGUGUUCAUGGAUUUUACAAAGGAAUUAUACCUAAUGUGAUCAGAGUGACUCCUGCCUGCUGUAUUACAUUUGUAGUUUAUGAAAAUGUGUCUGGCUUUUUACUUGGUUUUAGAAAAGAAAAUAAUUAAAGGUAUGAACUUGUGUUCCUAGGAAGGAAUCUAUCCUUUAUUUUUUAUAUUUAUGAUCUGGGAGAAAUUUAGUUUGGCAGUCUUCUCUGACACUUUGAAUUGAUCUGGUAUUUUGAGGAAAGAGUGUAGAGACAAUAAGCCCUGCCAACAUCUCUCCUGUGGAAUGUUCCUGCAUUGCUGCCUUCCUCUCUGAAUCAGCUGUGUCUGCUUGAAGCAGAUGUCUGCAACUGUGAAAUACUAGUGCUGUGACUGGGUGAAAGCAGCUGCACAGCAAUUCCAUUCAUCCUGGCCUGCCUGGAAUAACCCACUGAGCAGUUUCAACAAGUCUCAACAUCUCAACAGUUGGUGAGAUUCUGCUCCUGCACAAGUGGAAAACUUCAUCUGAAAGCAAUCCUGGGUCCUGUCAAAACUUUCUUAUAUCUCUGAGUCUCAUUAAAACAAGGAAUGUCACCUGAAUCCACCUCUGUGUUAUUCGUCAGAUUUUAGGAUAUGGAAUGCUCCAGACUCCAUUGCUCAUCCAACACAAAAAUGCUGCCUCAGUGGGGUGCAGUUUGGAAACUGAAAUUGUUUUUUUAAAACAGCUGUCCCUUCUGGUGUUUGAAUAAUUGCAAGCCUGAUGAAACUCAGUUCUUGUCUCAUACCAGGACAGACUUGCACUGUGGUUUUUGACUUGGUUCUAGCAGCAGACUGACGUGCUAAAAGUGAAUGCAUUGCUGGCCACAUAAUUCUUAUUUUCUCUCUCUUUCAUUCCCUCGCCAUCUCUCUCUGUGCCAGUCUGUCUCCAUUAAUGAUACAUCUGUCCAAAUAUUACUAAGUAAAUGUAUGUUUGAAAGUGGGCUUCCAUUUUAAAAAUCAGGAUUUUUUUUCUUGUAAUCCCAUUGCAAUGUGUUCAAACCAGUGUAAUAGUGAAUAAGACCACACUUAUUUUCAAUAAUACUCUCUCGAAAAAAAAGUUUCUAGUCUAAAAAAAUCCUG